AACUGAUGCAGAGAAAAGGGUGUGCCCACAUGCUUUAAAAUGUUCCGUUAGCCGAUCAGUCCACAUAACGAGAACGAGCAAGCGAGGAACUGCCAUCAACAGACGAAAAUAUCGCCCAAGGAGAGAUAAUGGUGAACUCAACUCAGUGCAACCAGGAAGGUGCACGCAUUGGUAGCCUUGCCAACAACAGCAGCUCGAGCAGCGUCUGCAGCAGCGCGAGGAGGAGACCACACUGUGUCCCCGCGGUCACUCUCGCGGUCCUCCUAAUCACUGCCGUGUCAGUCUGCAGAAGUGCUCCAGUGGUCCAUGAAGGCCCAGAGGUGCAGCUGGAGCUCCAAGUCCUGAAGCAGAUAGACCAUGUCUGCUCCUCGUUGCUCUCUCUGGAACAGCAGCCUCAGGCACCAGAUUCCCUGGAAGAGCUUUGCUACCUGAUCAUGGGGGGUGUGAGGAAAUCCCAGGGUCUGAAAGAGAGGGAGAACUCAAAGCGGUUUUUAUUCCAUUACACUAAGCCACAAGGCUCCGCUCCCUCUGACAUCACGUCUUCUGUCCUGCACCCUCUCCUGCAGCUGGUCCCUCAGCUCCAUGUGCGAAGACCGAAGAGAUUCACCAGUGACGAGGACCUUCAAGGGCCAGGGGGGAUACAGAGUAGAGGAUACUUCCUGUAUCGGCCAAGAAAUGGAAGAAGCUCUGCAUUUGUUGUGUAGAAGAUGUGCUAAUUAAAGACUUCCUGGGUGAGAGGCGCUGUACGAAAUGGGAUGGGAUCUACUGCAUUAAUGUGACCUCACUUCCUGUACUGAUCUUUACACCUGCUGUAUAUUGAUGUUGAAUGUACACAAAUGUCAAUAAAUCCAUUUUGGUUUAAAUAG